GAGAAAGAAAUUAAAGAUGGGUGUUCGUGUGAUUCCAGAGACGAUGAUCCAACAUGCAAAGCAAAUUCUAAGAUUGAGGUCUCAUCAUGCAAACAAAAUUGAUGUGCCAAAAGGGCACUUUGCAGUGUAUGUGGGAGAUGAAGAUAACAACAUGAAGCGGUUUGUGGUUCCUAUUUCCUUCUUGAAGCAGCCAAUGUUCCAAGCUUUGUUGAAACGUGCUGAGGAUGAAUUUGGCUUUGACCAACCAAUGGGAAAUCAGCAUCUUCUUAUUCCUUGUCCUGUUGAUCAUUUCCUUGAUCUCACUUCUCGAAUCACCAACAACUAGCUUACUUAAUUAAUUAGCUAUCUACCUAAUUAUUGUGGUUGAUUCACUAUUAAUUAGUUAUUAUUCAUUCCCACAACUUUGUA